AGGAGUUCGAGACCAGCCUGGCCAACAUGGUGAAACCCUAAAUUAAAUCUCUACUAAAAAUACAAAAUUUAGCUGGGCAUGGUGGCGGGUGCCUAUAAUCCCAGCUACUCAGAAGGCUGAGGCAAGAGAAUCGUUUGAGCCUGGGAGGCGGAGGUUGCAGUGAGCCAAGAUUGCGCCAUUGCACUCCAGCGUGGGGGACAGGGUGAGACUCUGUCUAAAAAAAAAAAAAGGAUGUAGGUCUCACUAUGUUGCCCAGGAUUGUCUCAAACUCCUAGGCUCAAGCAAUCCGCCUGUCUUGACCUCCCAAAGUGCUAGGAUUACAGGCAUGAGCCACCAUUCUUGGCCCAAAGCAUACCAUCUAUGUGGGGUCUUGGCUCUGCCUCUCACAAACUGUGACCUUGAGCCAGUAGAUUACUUUAAGCCUUAAAUUCCUCAUCUGUAAAACAGAGAUAAGACCACCCAUCUCAGAGGCAUUCAACUGCGAUAAUUUCAUUUAUUGUCCAAACCAAGUUUACUAAUUACUAGGUGGGCUGGGAAGUAUGGUCCCCUGGGUGAAGGUGGAUAUGAAUGUGAUUUAAACACCGUGAAACUCUGGCAUAUGUAGUUAUUGCUGUUACUGCAGAUGCUGGGAAGAGCUGCUCACCUUCUCAGUAACUCUGCCUUGACCUCCCCUUACCUCCUGUGCUGAGGUCAGCCCUAUCUCCUCCAUGUGGGCCAGUGGUGGCUCCUGCCCUCUAGCCAACAUCAGAGAGUCUGGAGGCACCUUGUCUUCCUCCCAGCCCCGCCCAUCUCCAUGGCUGACCUUUUCGCGCACCCUGGACCUUGCCAACCCAAGAUUCUCCCUCUAGAGAUGAAGGUGGAUGCAGAUGCUGGGGUUCAGGGGUGGCCUCAGCUGAGGGCCUGCUGACCAACCAAAGGGUAUCAGCAGGGUCAGGGGCUGGCCCUCACCUUGGGCUGGGGGUUGGGCCAGCAGUUUCUCAGCACCAGGAUCAUGACUCUGAGCAAACCAUGUUUACCAGAGCAGCGAAGGACCUAUUUAUAGCCUCAGCUGCUGCUUUCUCUGGCUCACGGUGGUGGGGGCAGGGUGGCUCCUCAGAGCAAGGGAGGUAGUCAGGUCGAGGGAACCCGGCUCUGCCCAGGUGCCACUACCCAAACCCCUGGGCCCCAUCCAUGGCAAGAGAGACCUUCCCCUUCACCUCCUCCACACUGCGCUCUCUCCGCCUGCAGCGGGAGUGGCUGGAAUGGGAGGACCGGCGGCGGGAGGCUGCCCAGCAGUGCCGGAGCCACAGGUGCCCGUCAAGUCCCCGGGCCCGACUCACUAGGCCUCACUGUUCCUGCCGAGACCCAGCUGUCCACCAUGCCCUCUUCUCCGGCAACCUGCAGCAGGUCCAAGCCCUGUUCCAAGAUGAAGAGGCCGCCAACAUGAUUGUGGAGACUGUGAGCAACCAGCUGGCCUGGUCAGCUGAACAGGGGUUCUGGGUGCUGACCCCCAAGACCAAGCAGACGGCACCCCUUGCCAUCGCUACAGCCCGAGGCUACACAGACUGUGCUCGACACCUGAUCCGGCAGGGAGCUGAGCUGGAUGCCCGCGUCGGGGGUCGCGCUGCCUUGCAUGAGGCCUGUGCCCGGGCCCAGCUUGACUGUGUGCGGCUGCUGCUGACCUUCGGAGCCAAGGCUAAUGUGCUGACUGAGGAGGGCACGACUCCUUUGCACCUCUGCACGAUCCCUGAGUCCUUGCAGUGCGCCAAGUUGCUGCUGGAAGCGGGAGCGACGGUGAACCUGGCAGCAGGCGAGAGCCAGGAGACGCCCCUGCACGUGGCGGCGGCGCGCGGCCUGGAGCAACAUGUGGCCUUGUAUCUGGAGCAUGGCGCCGACGUGGGCCUGCGCACCAGCCAGGGCGAGACUGCGCUGAACGCAGCGUGCGCUGGGGCCGAGGGCCCAGGCAGCUGCAGGCGGCACCAGGCUGCGGCGCGCCGGCUCCUGGAGGCUGGAGCUGAUGCCCGGGCGGCCGGGUGCAAGCGCCACACGCCGCUGCACAACGCUUGUGCCAACGGCUGCGGGGGCCUGGCCGAGCUGCUGCUGCGCCAUGGGGCCCGCGCUGAGGUCCCCAAUGGGGCGGGCCACACGCCCAUGGAUUGUGCGCUGCAGGCCGUGCAGGACGCCCCCAACUGGGAGCCCGAGGUCCUCUUCGCCGCACUGCUGGACUACGGGGCCCAGCCAGUGCGCCCUGAGAUGCUGAAACACUGCGCCAACUUCCCUCGGGCCCUGGAAGUCCUGCUUAAUGCCUAUCCUUGUGUCCCAUCCUGUGAGACCUGGGUGGAGGCGGUGCUCCCAGAGCUGUGGAAGGAGCACGAAGCCUUCUACAGCUCGGCCCUGCGCAUGGUGAACCAGCCAAGGCGGCUGCAGCACCUGGCCCGACUAGCUGUGCGUGCCCGGUUGGGAAGCCGCUGCCGGCAGGGUGCCACCCGGCUGCCACUGCCCCCGCUCCUCAGGGACUACCUGCUGCUGCGUGUGGAGGGGUGCAUCCAGUGAGCCCCAUGUCAGGCUGUCCCACGGUGUGUUCUGCCCCUCCCACCUGUCCCCGCCUCCAACCCCGGAGGACCAGUUCCUGGCCCUCUUUUCUUUUCUUUUUGAGACCUAGUCUCACUCUGUUGCCCAGGCUGGAGUGCAGUGGCGUUAUCUCGGCUCACUGCAACUUCCACCACCUAGGUUCAAGCGAUUCUUGUGCCCCAAACUUCCGAGUAGCUGGGACUACAGGCAUGAGUCACCACACCUGGCUGAUUUUGUAUUUUUAGUAGAGACAGGGUCUCACCAUGUUGGCCAGGCUGGUCUCGCACUGACCUCAGGUGAUCCACCCGCCUCGGCCUCCCAAAGCGUUGGGAUUACAGGCAUGAGCCACUGCGCCCGGCUGCCUGCCCCUCUUUUCUGUACUCCACGUGCUGUCCUAGUCCACCUCACUCCUCCAUGGGUUUCUUGAGACACCUGCUGACCUCUAGCCGGACCUGAGCUUCAGACCCUCUCUCCAGCAGGAAGGGCUGCAGACUCUGCCUGUUCCCAGACUCGGCCUUCACCUCCCUCCUCCUCCUGUGUUUAAGUGGACGGCCCCUCUAUCCGUCCAGGUCCCAUGCCAAGAACCAGUGAUUCUAGUGACUCACCACCUCCCUCUCCUGCCCCCCUUAUACCUGUUCAGCCUCCUAAAGAGGGACAAACUCUGUCUCUGCGUGCA